AUGGGCAACCUGGUGUCGUUCACCACGCCCAAGUGCGAGGCAACGAACUACCACCAGCUCUCGGCGCUGGACAUCGACAAGCAGCCCGUGGACUUCAGCUCGCUGGACGGCAAGGUGGUGCUCGUGGUGAAUGAGUUCACCGUGCUACACGAGAAGUAUGCCGACCAGGGCCUGGUCAUCCAGGCCUUCCCCUGCAACCAGUUUGCGUCCCAAGAGCCGGGGUCUAAUGAGGAGAUCAAGCAGUUUGCCGCAGCGCACGGUUUCAAGGGCCUGCUGAUGGACAAGAUCAACGUCAACGGCUCCUGCGCCUCCCCGGUGUACAACUUCCUCAAGGUGGCCUCCAGCGACACCUCCCCAAUCAUGUGGAACUUUGCCAAGUUCAUCGUGAAGCGGGACGGUACCGUGGCCGGCAGGUUUGGCCCCCGCACCAGCCCCUGCAGCCUGGAGCCACAGCUGCAGGAGUGCCUGAACGCCGCGGCGCCCUAG